UAGACCGUCCAAGUGGCUAGUACCGCAAAAGAGACUGGAGAGGAUUCAUGUCCUAUCUAGCUCUAAUAUAUAGAGGGAAGCAAGAAUAAGAGAACAGGCCAUAUAAGUCUUAUUUUUCUCCAGCUAUCUCUUGAGCCUACAAAAGUUAUAUAUAAAACAAAAUCCCAGUUGGAUUUCAUUUGAAUUGGGAGGCUAAGAAAUGAAUAAUUUCUCACCUUCUGAAUGCAGUAGUGGGUGUGAAUCAGGUUGGACAAUGUACUUGGACCAAUCUUCAAAUUCAGCAGAUCAAUUCCAGAAGGCUAGUACUGGAUUUAAAGCAGCAAAUGAGGAGGAAUAUGAUGAAGAUGAAGAUUUAUCCAUGGUUUCCGACGCAUCGUCCGGGCCUCGACACUUCCAAGAAGACGAAGAUUCAUUCGAUGGAAAUGGGUAUCUUUGUUCAGUUUCUGGGCAAGCAAACAAGAAAGAGAAGAAGAAGAAAAAGAAUGUUAAGGAACAGAGGAACAAGAAGCAGUAUUCAAAUCUUGAUGACACUGCUAGCUCCCCUGUCAAGAAGCAUGUAGCCCUUCCUCCUAAUGGAACUUCAAUGGAGCACAACAUGGGCUUCUCUGCAACACAUUUUAAGGGGAAAUCUGCAUUGCAUAAGCACAUUGGUUUCUUCCGCUCCUCCGUGCCAGGGAAACCAGCUUCAGGAGCACCAGGGGAUUUACAGGGAAGAAAGUGGGAGUGAGGAAAGAUACUAGUAGUGUGUCUUCUACUCAAGAAGUUGCUCAACAGAGUGGGAAUGGAAAAGAAGAAAAAAAGAAAAGGAAAAAAGGCAGUGGAUAUGUUAAGGAUCUUGUUCCCUUCUUUUUGUUGUUCUUUUAAUUGUUCUUGUUAUUUGUUCCUGUCAUUGCACUAGGAAACAACCUGUGAACAUAAAUAUUAAAAAUUUAAAAAAAAUGCUGUUUUUUUCCUCCCU